AGUGACGAAGCCAAUGUAUCGAUGGCGGCUCACUGUUCGCUUCUGGAUAUCCUCAGAAUCAAAUUUGAUGGCGUCUGACCGGACUUUUCCCCCACUUUGCCACUUGUCUAAACUCUUGGUACUAACGUCGAAUUUUGCAAGCUUAAUUGUUGUCAAUUCGUGGAGGUUUCCUCCACGGACAGAUUGUCAACGGGCUUGCUAGCUUUGCUAGCGCAUUAGCUAGCUAGCUAGCUAGCUGGCAAAGAAGAAAACAUCAAGUUAACGUAGCAGGCUAGCUAGCUACAUUUUAUCCUGCCCUGUGCUAGCUAGCUAGCUAGCUUAGCUAGCGUUUCCCAAGAACUCUGUGCGUGGCCAACCACUUGGAUAUUUAAAAAAUACGAUUUUAUUGUUCGUUUUAUCUUGGCUGUUUAGUAUUAUUUGGAAGAUGAUAAGCAACGCCUAAAGACCUGAGGAUUGUGUGCAAGUUUCUGUUGGAAACAACGACGUUGUUGGACUUGUCCGAGUAGCUUUACGCAAAGAAGGAAACUGCUAGCAAACUAGCUAGCUAGCAUCUGCUAUAGCCGGUAUACUUGUCCGAUUCGAGACUGUGGACACUAACGUUUGUUGGUGUUCCAAUCAGUUCUAUCAUUUAACUUACUUUUGCACAGAUCCCUAUCUAUCAACAUGUUGAAGACGCGUCAAUGUUUACUUGGGAUUCGCACUUUUCUUGGAGUGACAUCUAGAAUAUGGGGUUUCAUUUUGUACAUUCUCAGGAAGCAUCUACGAACGAUAAUCCAGUACCAAACAGUGCGUUAUGACACUUUACCGCUGUCUCCUGCAUCGCGAAACAGACUCAAUGCGGUGAAGAGGAAGAUAUUGGUAUUGGAUCUAGAUGAGACUCUGAUUCAUUCCCACCAUGAUGGAGUGCUAAGGCCCACAGUAAGGCCUGGGACACCACCAGACUUCAUCCUCAAGGUGGUAAUAGACAAACAUCCAGUGAGGUUUUUUGUCCAUAAAAGGCCCCAUGUAGACUUCUUCUUAGAAGUGGUGAGUCAGUGGUAUGAGCUUGUGGUGUUUACAGCCAGUAUGGAGAUCUAUGGUUCAGCGGUAGCAGACAAGCUGGACAACAACAGGGGCAUUCUCAAACGGCGAUACUACAGACAGCAUUGCACACUAGACCUGGGCAGUUACAUAAAGGACCUGUCAGUAGUGCACAAUGACCUCUCCAGUAUAGUCAUCCUGGACAACUCACCUGGAGCCUACCGCAGUCAUCCAGACAAUGCAAUACCUAUAAAGUCUUGGUUUAGUGACCCAAGUGACACAGCGCUGCUAAACCUGCUUCCCAUGCUGGAUGCAUUGAGGUUCACCUCAGAUGUCCGCUCCGUCCUCAGCCGAAAUCUCCACCAGCACAGGCUCUGGUGAUGGAGUCUAAAGGGCCCAGUCAUCGUUCUGGACCCCAUGUUUGGUUUUAGAAGUCUCCGCUCGCUAGCUGUUAGACUCUCCACUGCUGGAACUGUCACCCUCUUAUUGUCAUGUGACCUCUUGUCAUCUGACUUCUGAGGAACUUCAUCAGUAAGACUGGAGGGAGAGAGGAGAACAAUGCACAUGGUGGAGAAGCUUUUACACAUACCCACACACACACAUCAAGCAGAGAGGCCCGCUCUGUUUUAGUCUUGCUUUAUUCUCUUUUUGUUUUUCUUUUGUGCAAAAUGGAAACUGCCUUACAGUGGUGGACUGAUGGGCAUGCAUGAUAGAGUGUGAAAACAUGGGAGAAUGUUUGCAUUUGUGCUGCAUAUUAUGUGGUAUUUUCCCCUCUUUGUAAAGAGUGAGAUUGGUGAAGAUCAGAGAGGACAUACAUAGCCAGCCAGUCUCUCCUUGUCCUUCGUCCUUUGCACUUCUCUUGCCUCCUGCCAUCCAUUUUCAUAAAUAGGCAAAUGUGCAAAAUGUCACCAGAAAGUACUCCUGUUAUCUCUAUUUGGUCAAUUUACCCUUGUUUUGGAUUUUAGCAUAUGUUGACUAUAUCCCUCAUGAUCUGUUUGCUGUGGUAGUCCAUGUGGCUCCAUGUGACUCCAAUAACUGACACAACACAUCAGAACUUGGCAGCAGAAGGGGUGGAAUGAGUCAGCCAUGCCCAUGCUGUGGGGAGCAGUGUUCUGCAUGUAUAGUAUGCAGUCAGUAAGAGAGCAGAGCCCACUUGUUCUCAUUCUACCACUACUAGUUUUAUUCUUUCCUCCUCUCUUCCUGCCUUACCCCAACCAUCUCAGGUAUUGGCUCACAUGAAUGGGGUUCGUGCUGUUGUGAGUGUAGGAGGUGUGUAAAGUAUUGAGCUGUGAGUUUCAUACAGUACUCUGUGGUGGUACUGACUGAUUCAGAGACACGACCACAGCAAAAGCCACCAAUUAAGCUAAUGGUAUUAUUUAGUACGUCGAACUUUCUGGUUUGUGUGUGAAAUCCUAAAAACAAUGAAUCCAUCAGGUUGUAUUAUUAUUAUUAUUAUUUUUUUGUUUGUUUUUAAAUUAUUUUUUACUUUUGUUUUAUUCUGUUAAACAUGAAUGUGCAUCAUACAGGCAGAACAGCAGGACUCCAGAAUGGGACAAGGCGGAGCCUGUUGCUAGGCACAUCUCCAAUGCAUUUUCCUCCAUUUCAUUUCUGGUUUUCAUCCUCUUCAGGAUGGCAGCUCCUCCCACGCAGCACCAGGAUUCUAGUCAUUCGCAACUGGAAGUAUUUUUGUUCUGCACAGAGCUGUUAUCAGGCCUUUCCAAUGCAAAGACAUGCACUUAUUUGUCUGGUUUUUUUUUUGUAUCAUGGACUUAUUUGAUCAAAGUGGUCAAAAGAGUUAUAUACACUCUCCCUCUCUCUCAUGUUGUAUUGACCUGCUCUGCCUAUUUGAACAACACAAAAACAAAGUGUGUGAACGCACAGUUUUCUGGGCCAGCUCCUCAGGUCUGUGCGUAUUUCCAAUAAAACUUGUCACCGUGGUUCAGGCAC